AUGGAGGGCGAGAGUAAGGGAAGUUUUAAUGUGAUGGAAGAGAGAAGAGAAUUUGUGGUGCCAAAGUGUGGAACUUAUGAUUUGGUUCUAAGGCUUUUGGCCUUUGUACUAACACUUGUGGCUGCUGUAGUCAUUGGGGCAGAUAAGCAAACCACCAUUGUUCCAUUCAAGCUCGUCGAUUCUAUGUCGCCUUUCAAUGUUUCUGUUACAGCUAAGUGGCAUUACUUGUCUGCAUUACUGUAUUUUGUGGUGGCAAAUGCAAUAGCAUGUGCGUAUGCAACAGUGUCUCUGCUGCUUACUCUUGCAUAUAGGCGUAAAAGCAAAGGUAUGGGGACAAUGAUCACUGUACUUGACGCAACAAUGGUAGCUUUGCUUUUCUCUAGCGACGGUGCUGCCAUAGCGGUUGGUGUUCUUGGCUUGCAAGGAAACUCACAUGUGCAUUGGAACAAAGUUUGCAAUGUUUUUGCAAAUUUUUGUGACCAAGCUGCAGCUUCCCUUUUUAUCUCACUUCUUGGAUCAAUAGCAUUCCUUUUGCUCGUGGUUCUUCCUCAUGUUAUCACACCUAAGCCGACAGCCUAA